AAACAGAAUAGCAGAAGUAGCAAGCAGAAAGUGUUGAUUCUAAAUAUUACCUAAUCACUCUUUGCAGUAUCACAUAAUAGCUUACUAGUCGUAAAUCCCACCUGACCACUUCUACCGUCUUCUGUAAGCCGGCUCUCUAUCAAACCCAGCUCAGUUCUGACCACCAUCAGCACCUGCGCCUUCUGAUCCGCAAUUGUAGCGACCGUCCUCGUCCUGAUCCUGCUCGAAAGCCUUCUGUGCUCUGCUUCCUGCCGACCCCAUCCAAAUGUCGGACUCUGCCUCUACCGAUCAGGCCUCGGCCCCCCCCGCCGCCGCGGAGACUAUCAAAAUCACCGUCAAAUCCUCGGCCGACGCCAAAUAUCCCAUGGAUGUCUCGCCCUCGAUCCUCGUCUCCGACUUCAAGCAGCUUCUCGAGCCUCUGAGUUCUAUCCCAAAGGAGCGCCAGCGUCUCAUCUACUCCGGACGCGUGCUCAAGGACGCCGAGACCCUUGCUUCAUAUAAAAUACAGACCGGCCACACGAUCCACCUCGUCAAGAGCGCUGCGCCUGCCGCGUCCUCGGCCACAUCAGGAUCUGGCGCUGCCGCUGCCGCGACUCCUGCCGUACCGCAGAACAUCGCAGCCGGUCAGGGCGCAGGUAACCCGCUCGCUGGACUUACCGGUGCGCGAUAUGCUGGUCUGGCGCAGUUGCCUAGCGCUAGUAUGUUUGGACCUGACGGAGGGAUGGGACCUCCCCCCUCCGAAGAGCAACUCAUUGAUGCGAUGUCGAACCCGAUGGUGCAGCAGUCGAUGAACCAAAUGCUGCAGAACCCGCAAAUGCUCGAAUAUAUCAUCAACUCUUCUCCCAAUCUGCAAGGCAUGGGUCCCCAAGUCCGGGAAAUGAUGCAGAGCGAGCAAUUCAGACAGAUGAUGACCAACCCCGAGAUGAUGCGUCAGAUGAUGAACAUGAACCGCAUGAUGGGCGGUGCCGGCUUCCCUGGACUGGGAGGCUUUGGAGGCGCGGCAAACAACUCGUUCCCUGAGCCCGGCCGGACGGAAAACACGACCACGCCUGCAUCGACGGACGCAAAUGCUACGAAUGCUCCUGCGACUGGAGCUGCUCCCGCUGCCGCUGCCCCUAACCUCUUUGCGAAUCUCUUUGCUGGUGCAGGCGGAAAUGCUCCCGCGGCUGGAAACCCGUUCGGCGCUCUGUUUGGAAACCCUGCGGCGAACAGCGGACAGGCUGCGGCCGGAGGUGCACCUGCGGCGGGAACUAACCCGCUGUGGUCGCCAGAAAUGAUGAAUCUUAUGGCGGCGGGUUUGGGUGGUGGUGCUGCGAAUUCGCAGCCUGAAGAUACUAGACCGCCUGAGGAGCGAUAUGAAAGCCAGCUGCGACAGCUGAAUGAGCUGGGAUUCUUCGACUUUGACCGGAACGUUCGUGCUCUGCGGAGAAGCGGAGGAAACGUCCAGGGAGCGGUCGAAGCGCUGUUAGAUGGCGCGGUUUAAGGGAUACAAUGUCAUUCUCAUAUAGCACCAGAUCUCUUGACGUCGUUGUUUACUGCCUUUUAUUAAUACUGUAAUAUUUUGCUACUGUUUGUGUUGUUUAUUAAACGCAUGAAGAUGAGCAGAUCAUACUGUUUUGUCUCGUUUCCUUUCUGUUGGUCUCUUUUGUGUUAUUUGAAUCUAUUAGUAACGGCUUUUGUUGUCCUUAUCACAUUUCAUUUCAGUUUUUGGUACGGAGUUGUUGAUUGUAACAUACUACCUUCAAUGUCAUUUUUGCUUCAGUGUAGUCGGUUAACUGUAGAAGAGGCCUGAUUACCUCAUCCGGGCAAAGCGGGUUAGGUGAGGAC